GCAUGCGCAAUCCCAGUGGCGUGUGAGAAGCACGAUGGCUGCGGACAGUACCCUGCUGCUGUCUUUGGUGGAGGAAUUUGUCUCCGGACUACAUGACAGCAAAGCAAAAGAUGCAGCAAAAGGCGUCAAAGAUGGACAGUUUACAAUACUACAGCUAGUCGAAGCACUUGGGCUCAGUCUGACCAGCUCUCAGCCUCAAACCCGAGCCCGAGGAGUCCAGCUUCUCUCUGAAGUUUUACAGGAGAUCUAUGGAGAUCUCACAGAAAGAGAAGUGGAGGUCCUCAUUGCUUUCUAUGAAAACCGCCUCAAGGACCACUAUAUCAUCACGCCGCCUGUUUUACGGGGACUCCAAGCUCUAACAAAAUCUCGGGCAUUGCCUCCUGGCUCCGCAGUGUCAAUGCUGAGGUCCUUGUUUCAAGAUGUCCAUGUACAGUCGCUGAUGCUUGCAGAGAGAGCUUGCGUCUACAACAUGCUUAUCAACCUCAUGGAAACCAGAGAGGCUGAGCUGAAAGGUUUGGGAGCUGACUUUGUGUUUGGGUUUGUCCAAUCAAUGGAUGGAGAGAGGGAUCCUCGCAACCUCCUUUUAGCCUUCCAGAUUGCCAAAAACAUCAUUCUCCGAGGUUAUGAUCUAGGUAAAUUCACAGAGGAGCUGUUUGAAGUGACAUCGUGCUAUUUCCCCAUUGACUUCACCCCACCUCCUAAUGACCCUCACGGCAUCACCAAAGAAGAGCUAAUUCAGGUGCUGAGGGCCGUCCUCACCGGCACUUCAAAGUUUGCUGAGUUUCUGUUACCUCUCAUUAUUGAGAAGCUGGACUCGGAGGUCCAGAGUGCGAAGCUGGACUCGCUGCAUACUCUGACUGGUUGUGUGUCACAAUAUGAGUACAAAGACUUGGCUGAAUUCCUUGAGGGACUGUGGGCGUCGCUGCGCAGAGAGGUGUUUCAAACAUCCAGCGAGAAGAUCGAGUCUGCAGCCCUCGCUGCUCUAACCGCACUCACUUCCUGUCUGUCUCGCUCAGUUCUCAGCUCUGACUCUGACGACUCUCUCAGCAUCUUCCUGGAUCUCAUUCUCAAAGACUGCAAACAUCACCUGUGUGAGCCCGACUUAAAGCUGGUGUGGCCCAGCGCCAAGCUGCUCCAGGCCUCCUGCAGCGGCUCCAACAGGGCGAGCCACAUCAUAACAGCUGCCGUCAUGCCUUCGCUCAUUGAGCAGUACAACAGCAGAACACAGUGUUCCCACAGACGGACGCUGCUGGAGGUGGUGCAGCGAUUCAUUCAGUCAGUAAAAACCUGCCGUUCCUCAGGUAACGAUGAAAGCGUGUUUUCAGCAUACAGAGCGUCUCUGUGCAGCAUGGUGUUCUCCGCUCUCUCUGAGACUAACGCCAGUCUGCAGAUCACUGCCACCUCUGUGCUCACCUCACUGGCACAACAAACCGGUCUGCUGCUGGACUCUGAUAUCGAGCUGGCUGUGGAUCACCUGAUCAGGCUGCUGCUGACUGAGGAGGAUGAGAGCGUCAGUCUUGCUGUGGUGGAGUGUGCGGGGGCUUUAGCCGAGCUGCACCCAGCAGCCUUCAUUACUAAGCUGAUCCCAAGAUUAAAGCAGGAGAUGUUUUUUGACCAAAUGGAAGCUUCUGAGCAACACUCCCAUCAUGCAGUUCGCCAGCAGUGUAUGUCCGCUCUGGCUGCAGUGUCCAUCCAGCCCAGUGUCGUCCAGGCAAGCACACCUGUCCUCCUGGAGGUCCUCAGUUCAGCACACACAGGCUGCGUUAGUUUUUCAGUGGAUGAGGUGGUGCUGGCGUGCCGCUCCCUUCAGAGAAUAGCAGAGCAGGUUCAGGACGGCGAGGAGACGGGACGAUGUUUCCAUGACGUCAUCAUCCCACGCCUGCUGUCUCUGGCCCUGCAGGGAGCACUGCAGGGUGACCGGUCAUCUGAUCAUCGUAGUCCUCUGGUAGAGGAGGUGGUCCUGUCUGCGAUGGUUCCUGUCAUCAGUACUUCCUGCUCCAGGCUGCAGCCCUCGCUGGCAGGCCAGACAGCGUCGAGGGCGGUCUCUCUCUUCCUGAAUGGUGACGUCUCCUUUUUGCCAGACAACUCCUUCCCUUCACACAUCCAGCUUCUUGGGAAACAGGAGGAUUCGUGGAGCCAGUCUCAGCUGGUUUGUCUGCUCAUGGGUUGUGUGUGUUCGUUACCUCGCUCUGUGGAGAUUCCCCACAUAGACCAGUUAUUGUCUCAGCUGGAGGACAUGAGCUGCACCAGCAGCCACCUGCUAUCCUACACAUCUGCUGCAAAGUGCUUCGCUGGCCUGGUCAACAAGAGGCCUCAGGGUGAUUCUCUGAACGGUUUAAUUCAGAGGACAGUGACGAGAGUGUGUAGUGAGCUGGACUGUCCUUCCUCUCCAGUCCGAACUCAGGCCUUCACACUUCUGAUCUGGGUUGCCAAGGCCCUGCUCCUGCGAUACCACCCUCUGUUCACAGCACUGACUGACAAGAUCUUCUCCCUGCUGGAUGACACUGAUCUGGGUCCAAUGGCAGCAGACAGCUUCUUGCUGCUGAUGAGCGACUCUGCUGACGUCCUGAACCGCAGCUGCAACGCUGAUGUUCGCAUCAUGUACCGGCAGCGCUUCUUCAGCGAGAAUUCAGCCAAGCUCGUCCAGGGCUUCAACGCUGCGCCGCAAGAGAAGAAGCCCAACUACCUGAAAGCUCUGUCUAACAUAGUCAACAAGCUGCCAAAGCAGGUUCAAGUAACUGAAUUACCAGCGUUACUUUCUCUGCUGCUGGAGGCUUUGACGUGUCCUGAUCAGGGCGUCCAACUGUCCACUCUGUCCUGUCUAGAGCCCGUCCUCAUCAACCCGCCACAAGUUCUCAUACAGCAGCUGGAGGCUUUAGUUAAGAGGUUGCUGGCCCUCAUAUGCAGUCCAGUCAUGAAUGUACGAAUCGCCUCAAUACGAUGCAUUCAUGCCCUCUCCCACUUCCCUGCACAUGAGGUUUUGCCAUUUCGAGCGCGGGUGCUGCGAACGUUGGCUCAGCCUCUGGAUGACAAGAAGAGGCUGGUGAGGAGAGCAGCGGUUCAGGCCAGAGGAGAGUGGUUCCUCUUGGGAAGUCCUGGAGGCAGGUGAUCUUACACCUCAUAUGCAAGCACAUGCAGAGGAAACUCCAGGAUCAAGUAUUAAAGCUGUGCAGCUCACUCUGCAGCUCUCCAACCACCAUCCUCUUCCAUAUCUACUUCCUCGUUAUGCACACAUGCUUUUGUUUCAACUGAUGGUAUCUUUAUAACCGCACAAAGAAUGGUAAAAACCUGAGUCUAAGGAGUGCAGUCCAAGUUGGAAUAAUGACAUGAGGUUGUCCAGUUCGUCAGCACUGAUGAGAAGUUUUAUCUACAAUCUUAAAAACCUGAAAUCCUCACAGUUCGUUUCAGUUACAGAUCAUUUCAGAUGCUCUCGCUUAAUCAAAUGAUUUAUCAGUUAGAGGCUUUUCCUGCUGUGACCCAUUAACAGACCAGCUUCCUGUUCAUCUACAACAUACCUGUUUCAUAUCAGAAUAGUUACAUGAUCUUUACAAAGAACAUUUAGGUAGCUUAGACAGCAGUUCAGUAUUUAAAAUAUUUAUCAGCUGAUCUUUCAAUUUACUUGAAGAAAAACAGUUUACCAGAUAAAACAUUGAAACAUCCACUUUGACUAUCAGCUCCAGUGGGAAGAAAAAAGGCAACGCCGUUAUUAGUGUGGAAAAAUGGAAAUUUAUCUAUUUCAGAGUGUUAGAAAAUCAACGAGAUCCACUGGAAUGGAUGUGUAGAUGCAGAUGACAGCAGCCAUGAACCCAGCAGACACAGAAGCUUUUUUUUAUGAAUGUUAAACUGCAGUAAACCCAGCAGCAGCUGAUACGGGUGCUGAAUGGGAACAUUUUAAAGUGCCAACUCUCCUCUGGUUGCCCCCAUACUUUUCAUGCAGAUUCACAGACAGUCAAAUUUACUCAAAUCAGCAUUUCUUUAAUGUGCUUUCAGUCUAAAUCACGUAACAGUAAUUUAAACAUUUGCUUUGUAUUCUGUCCAGAUUUAAACCAACAGGUGUGACUGUGCUUCAUAGUUCAUGUUGGUCAUCGCAGCCAAGUUGGUCAGUUUUGGACGUCGUCGCCUUACGCCAAGGAAAUAAAACAAUGUUUAAUAUAACUUAAUGUUCUUUUAAAGUAAGACUGUUUUUUUAUGAUUUAACCUGGAAAUAAAGACAUUUAAAAACCAGA